AUGGAAAUCAAAAAUUGCGUCGGAAUAUGCACCGAUGGUGCUCGUACAAUGUCCGGAAGAUUCAAAAGUGUACAAGCACUUGUAAAACAAAAAUCGCCUCAAUGCGUCUGGACACAUUGCAUGAUCCACAGAGAAGCUUUGGCUUCGAAAGAAAUAAGUCGUGGUUUGAAUAUUGUGUUAACUACGGUUGUAACCAUAGUAAAUUAUAUAAGAAUGAGACCCCUGAGAUCGAGAAUCUUUUCCGCACUUCGUAAAGACAUGGGUUCAGUACAUUCAGCAUUACUACUUCAUUGUGAGGAAAGAUGUUCAUCACGUGAGAAAUUUUUGCAACGUGUUUAUGAAUUAAGAGAAGAAAUCACCAUUUUCCUAGAAGAUAGCAGACCGGAACCCGAGAAUUUUCGCGAUUGUUUAUUUGUGAUGAAAUUGAGCUACUUGGUUGUCUUAUUCCAGAAAUUAAAUAACUUGAAUCUUCAACACCAGAAAGCAAAUACACAUAUGUUGGAUACGAGUGAUAAAGUUAAUACUUUUUGUAGAAAAUUGGAAUUGAGUGACAGAAAUUUAACGCAAAAAAAUCUAACAAUGUUUUCAAUUUCAAAUGUGGAUAAUUGUACUAACACUUAUAAAGCUGAAGAACAUAUAAAUGCCGUUUUUGUAACCACUGAAAAUCAUUUAGCCAUGCUGGCGAAGAAUUUGAAAAAGUAUUUUCUUGCUGACGACAAACUGAUAGCAAGUUACUAG